AAUGGCCAAGACAUACUGACUAUAUUGUCCAUGUAUUAUUAAGCCUAAAGCUGUAUCAAUGUCCCUUUAUUUUAGGGGGAAUCCAAAGAAGCCAUCACAUUCUCUUUAGGCCCAAUAAUAGGCCCACUCUUCAUAAUGGACAAAAUGUCCAAAUAACGAGCCCAAUAUGUGUGGCCCAAUAUCCAGAUACUAAGAAAGAGAUGGCGAGGCGGUGAGAUAUGCUAGAUUGUGCUGCUGCUUCCCCUAACAAGGUAUACAGUACAAUCCUCCAAACUCCAUGGAUGAAAGCUUUCGAGCCCGAGUGAACAAGGUGUUCGGAUCGCUCGCCUCAGUGCGGUCCUCUUCUUCAUCUCUUCAGUCGUCUCCCUGGUCCAUCACCGGCGAUGAGGUCGAGCGUAAAGAGUGGAGGCGCUGUGCUGAUACCUCCGGUAGAGACGAAAUGCCUUGUUCUUCGUCUUUCGACUCGUUUUUGAAGAAAGAUCGGGGAGCUUUGCGCCGAAGAAACUUUGAGGACGAUCGGGAGGGAAUCGAUGACGCUGAUGAAGAAGGGGACGAAAAAUCAGAUGUUGGUCAAGAAAAAUGGAAUAUCAGAUCCUCUAUUGGCAUGGACCGAACCCUCGACUACGAGGAAGAGGAAGAUGAGUUUGACAAAGUAGCUUCAGGAAGAGAAGGUGUUGGGGAUCGCUUGUAUAUGAAAGAUGUUACUGAAACUGGGUCUUAUUUGAAUUCCGACAAUGUGCUUGGUAUCAAAAAGGACCCACGAGCCAAUCACCUAGCUGCCAAGCUUAGGCUGAAAGAAGAUGAAGCUGAAACUGAAUCCAAAACCCCUAGUUCUAGUCUGGCUUCUUCUGUAGAUAUGCAGGUCUCAGUCUCAGACCCAAAUGCAAAGUGUACCAAAAUUGAAGCUAUGCCGAACUCUAUUUUGAAAAGAAAAGAGCACGAGGAAGCUUUGAAGUCACGCAAACGGGUCAGGUUCGACGUUGGGUUCGAAAAUGAAUGCAAAGAAGAGUCAUUUCCGAAAAAUGCAGCAGUGAGCAACAACAACAAGUCUUGUGGUGGAGUACCUGACUAUUUAGUAAACCCCUCUAAGUACAGAUGUUAUAGCUUUGCUUCAACUAGUGAAGUUAAUGAUAAUGAGGUUGAAAGUUUGAAUAGAGAAUCAGGGUCAAAUAUGGAGAGUGCUGGUGGUGUAGCUGAUCUUCCAAAUUCUGUGACUUUUAUUCCAAAGAAAAAAAAGACUAGUGGUGAUAGUAGAGACAUAGAAAUUGACAACAAUGAAGUGAAACACAAGGAAGGUGACAAACAAAUUGAAUUCCCAGUUGGCAUUGCAUUAGCAGAAGUCCAAAGUGUAAAUAGUGGAGUCGAGGAUGAUGAUGAUGAUGAGACUGAAAUAAAGGCUGCAGAUGAAGGCAUUGCAACCCAAAACGCAGGUCGUAGGUAUCGAAAAAUGUCAAGGUCAGAUGACUGAUACUUGAUAAGAAAAAUACUGCUUGCUGGGUUGGGUGAAUGAAGCAUGUUACAUGUUGCUCAGCAACUUUUUUCAAUUUUAUAUUAAACAAUGUCAGCGAGCUUUACUUAUUGGAUCAUUAAACGGUUAUGUAUAAAAAUACCUCUGCUUGUUGACCCAACAAGUUUGUUGAAAUAUAUACAAUCGUUGAAAUAUGUUUCUUGUUAAA